CCUACUAGAGAAAAACGAAAAGUAAGAUCAAAUACCAUACUUGGUAACUUGGCAAAGUACAAUUAUCAUUAUUAUUAUAAAUAUAUACUAUAGUAAGAUCAAAUACCAAACUUAGUAACUUGGGUAAGUGCAAUUAUCAUUAGUAUUAUAAAAAUAUAUAUUAUACUUAAAAGACAUCACCUUCUUAAUUACUUACAACCGCUCAGCCUGAAAAUGUCGUCCACGGAGGAAGGAUGCGGCGCCGUCGGAGCUCCCGGCGGAGCAGUUUCCACUGAUCAAACAAUCACCAAAAACACCACCACCAACAAUCCCCAAGAGAUGAUCAUUCCAAUGCCGGGUACGGAGCUCACUCUCAGCAAUGGUGAAUUAGAGUAUUUCCGGUCAUUAGACGAAGCUUUCGACAGCAACCAACUCGACCUCAAAGCCAAACCAUUGAUGCGAAGAGUCCCAUCAACCCUUGGCCGUCACGAAGAUUUCAGGAAGUAUUUCAAGCCGAAAGUGAUCUCAAUCGGCCCACUCCACCACGCUGAUAGCACACUCCAUGAAUCCAAGAAGCUCAAGUGCAAAUUAACAAGACUUUUCGUCGAAAACAUUGGCGUCGAUAGGGGAACCUUGUACAACAACAUUAAGACAGAGAUCGAUGGCUUGAAGAGAUGCUAUGAUCCAAAGGAAUUAGAUAAGUAUACCAACAAUAACGAGAAUCUGGCUUGGAUGUUCUUCGUUGACGGCUGCACAAUUUUACAAGCAGUUUAUAUGCGUUACGGUAAUGAUGAUGUUGAUGGCCAAGAUUAUGAUCGUAUGUCGAACGAAUUGUCUAUUAAAAACGAAUUGCUGACAUUUGAGUACUCGGAUCUGUUCUUGUUGGAAAACCAAUUACCUUUUCGUGUUCUUGAAUUGCUUACAAGCUCGAACGAUGACAAAAAGUUCAUGGAGGCAACCGUAAGGUUCACCGACAACACUGUUAAAAAGCCAGAAUCACAUCAGCAGGACAGCUCAAGCAAAAAUGGCAAAAAGUUCAUGAUAGCGAUCAAAAGGUUCAUCGACGACACUGUUAUCACCCCAGCCGACAUGAAAGAGCCACAAUCACAUCAGCAGGACAGUGAAUGGUGGCAGCAGCAAAAAGGAGAACGAAUUCACCUAUUGAAUCUACUACGAGUAAGACUCCUUUUCGAAAAAGAAAAAAAAGAAAAACCAUGGCGGCAUUUUAGGUUUUGCACUCGAUAUUUCAUUUGCACGUUAAAUCACAGCAGCCAAACAAGAACAAAACGGCACCAUUCACACACCUUUUGUAACGUAAAAGAGCUUAAAAAGGCCGGGAUAUGGUUAAAAGCAAGCAAAACAAGUUGUUUAUCUGACAUCAGUUUCAACCAUAUCUUCUUCGUUGGCAAAUUACGGUUACCGCCGAUUACCUUCGAUGAUUCAACCAUGAACUUAAUAGCUUACGAAAUGUGUCCGGAUUUUUACAACGAUUUCACCGUCACUUCAUAUAUGGAUUUGCUUAAUUCAUUGAUCCAUGAAGCCGAAGAUGUCAAGGAACUGAGAGGCGCUGGCAUACUAUACAAUAGAUUGGGGAGUGAUGAAGAAGUGGUUAAGGUUAUCAAGAAGAUGAACACUGAUGUGGUUCGUAGUCAGAAGACUUACAGUGAGGUUAAACAGCAAAUACAUAAUCAUUGUAAGAAUAUGUGGAUUCAAUAUCCAGCUCAAGCUUAUCAUACUUGUUUUAGGACUCGUUAGAUGUUUUUCGCAUUUGUGGUUGCCAUUGCUGCACUUUUUGUGUCUUCUUUUGAUAAGCUGUAAAAGUAACAUAUUUAAACUCCAUUCUU